AUGGCAGAGGUAUCCCAGCCAGGUCAUGAAGGGAAGAUAUCUCAGGUUAUCGGUGCUGUUGUUGAUGUCCACUUCGCAUCUGGUAGAUUGCCACCUGUAUUGAAUUCUCUUGAGGUCCAAGGUUUUGAGCAUAGACUGGUCCUUGAGGUUGCUCAACAUCUUGGAGAGAAUACGGUCCGUACUAUUGCUAUGGAUGGUACAGAUGGCCUCAUACGUGGUCAAAAGGUGGUGGAUACUGGUGCUCCUAUAUCAGUCCCUGUUGGUCAAGGGACACUUGGACGUAUUAUGAAUGUGAUAGGUGAACCUAUCGAUGAAUUGGGUCCUAUUGAGUGCAAUACCAGAUGGCCUAUUCAUAGACCAGCUCCUACGUUCUCUGAGAUGGAUACUGUUGCUAGACAGUUGUAUACAGGUAUUAAGGUUGUAGACCUGUUAGCACCAUACACCAAGGGUGGUAAGAUGGGUCUCUUUGGUGGUGCUG